AGUUCCCGCGAGAUCUCGUGGCCGGGGCGAGGAGGGAGAUCCAAGCGGGGCGCGCGGCGAGCCAUGGAGGACUUGGAGAAUAAUACCACUGUCUUCUCCACCCUGAGAUCCCUCAACAACUUCAUUUCCCAGCGUAUGGAGGGGGUGUCUGGGCUGGCCACACCAGGAUCAUCUCAAAGCUCCUUACAGAUGCAGUACCAGCAGAGGAUGCAGCUGGAGGAACAGGCUGGGCAGAUCCACUCCAAAUCCCAGCUGCUGCAGGUGGAACGGGAGAAGAUGCAGAUGGAGCUGAGCCACAAACGAGCUCGCAUCGAGCUGGAGAAGGCAGCAAACACCAAUGCCAGGAACUAUGAGCGAGAGGCCGACCGAAACCAGGAGCUGCUCACACGCAUAAAGCAGUACCAGGAAAGAGAAACAGAGGCUGAAAAUAAACUGAAAGAACAAAUGGAGAUGAACAAAUCUUACAAGAAGAGCAUGGAGACAAUGAGUAAGAAGAUGCAAGAGAAGGAGAGCAAAUUAGCUGAAGCUAAUGAAACAAUCACUGUAUUAAAAGGAAAAAUAUCAGAGCUGCAAUGGAAUAUAAUGAACCAAGAGAUGCAGAUGACAAGCCAAGACUCUCAGAAGCAGGAACUGAUGGAGCAGCUGGAUAUUGAAAAAAAGAAAUGGCAGGAGGCAAGUCAGCAAAUCCAGACACUGCAAGCAAGCCAGUCCUUACUGGCAGAAUAUGAGCAGAAGAUUAAGGAUCUGGAGCAGAAGUUGUCCCAGCAGGAACAUGAUGCUCUAAUUGUCAAGAACAUGAAGGCAGAACUGGCUCGUUUCCCAAAAAUGGAGCGUGAAUUGCGCCAGCUCAGGGAGGAAAAUGCCUACUUCAGGGAAAUGAAAGAAAACAAUGGCUUGCUUAAGGAGGAAGUGGAAGGUCUCCAAAGAAAACUGGAACGCUAUGAGAAAGUCCAAGCACAGCUAGUGACUGUGGAAUUGGAAAAUGAGAAACUUCUGGGAAAAUUACAAAGCUGGGAGAAGCUGGACCAGAGCACUGGCUUAAAUAUCAGGACACCUGAUGAUCUCUCCAGACAGAUUGUGGCCCUGCAGCAGCGGGAGCUUGCCCUGAAGGAGCAGAAUUCCACCUUCAUGAACAGUGCCAGGAUGCUGGAGAAGGCCCGGCAGCAGCUGCAGGAGGAAAUCCUGUGUGUUCAGAGCCAGCUCUUGGAGGAGAAGAAGAAACGAGAGCACCAGGAAGCGCUGGUCAGGCGGCUGCAGAAACGUGUGGUGCUCCUCACCAAGGAGCGCGACGGGAUGCGGGCGAUCCUGGAGUCGUACGACAGCGAGCUGACCCCGGCCGAGCACUCGCCGCAGCUCAGCCGCCGCAUGCGCGAGGCCGAGGACCUGGUGCAGAAGCUGCACGCUCACAACACCGAGCUGGAGGCUCAGCUGUCUCAGGUUCUGGAAGAAGUGGGAAACCACAAGCAAAGAGCAGAGAUGCUGGAGGUGGAGAUGAAGGUCCUGAAGUCUCAGCAGUGCACGGCUGAGCAGAGCACUGUCAUCACCAAGGAGGAGGUGGACACGCUCAGGUUGAAAAUUGAGGAGCUGGAAGCUGAACGCAGCAAGCUGGCAGAGGAGAACAGAUCUCUGCAAAUGAAGCUGGAGAGCCUCACUCUGCAGGGUGACUAUGACCCCAGCAGAACCAAAGUUGUCCAUCUCAGCAUGAACCCCAUGAGUUUGGCCAAGCAGCAGCGCCAGGAGGAGCAGCAGCAGCUGCAGGAGGAGUGUGAGAGGCUGAGGGAGCUCGUCAGGGUGCUCAAAGGAGGCGGUUCUGUCUCUGGCAAUCUGGAAGGAGUUGGGGGUUUUCAGUCCCCACAAGAAGUUGCAGAGCUGAAGAAGCAAGUGGAAAGUGCAGAACUGAAAAACCAGCGCCUGAAAGAAGUUUUCCAGACCAAGAUCCAGGAGUUCCGCAAGGUGUGCUACACCCUCACGGGCUACCAGAUCGACAUCACCACGGAGAACCAGUACAGGCUCAGCUCCAUCUACGCCGAGCACCAGGGGGACUGCCUGCUUUUCAAGGCCUCCAGCUCCUCUGGUGGGAAAAUGCAGCUUCUGGAGACAGAAUUCUCUCGAGCCAUCCCGGAGCUGAUCGAGCUCCACCUGCUGCGCCAGGACAGCAUCCCAGCCUUCCUCAGCGCCCUCACCCUCGACCUCUUCAGCCGCCAGACCAUUGCCUAGUGUCCCCCUGCCAGCUGCCAGCCAGGCUCUGGCCCUCCUGGGCAGGACACUCCAGGUAGUGAGGCAAAAUUCUCAUGUCCACCACCCUUAAUUUGUGAUAUUGGGUUGCUUUUGUUUUGCAGGGAACUCCUUCUUCCCCCUUCUUUCAUGCUGAGUCACAAAUCCCACCAAUUCCUCAGAAAAGCAUAAUUUUCCUCCUGUGGGAGAGCAAGUCUAGCUCCAUCCCAGGGCUCUCCUGUGCCAGGAUCCAAUCCCUGCCUUUGAACUGGGUCAUGUGUUCAUAACAGUGCAGUUUCUCAGGAUCUGUCUGGGAAUAUUGUGGGAGCUGCUGGUUUGAGGAGCCCCAGGAUCACCAUUCACAGCUUUUCCCAAAAGGAUUCCCUAAAUCUGGGCCCUAACAGAGAGAAACCUGCAUGAGGCUGGUGCUUCAUGCUGCAUGCUUGUCCUCUCCUAAUGGGAGGCAAAGGCUUGAUCCCUGAGGACAGAGACCCAGUGAAAGUCUCUUGCUCUUGCAAACAUCUCAUCACUCAGUAAUUUUGAAAUGAUUUUUAAGAUAUCAGUGACCUGAGUCUGCCAUCACUCAGCAGACAAGCACAAGCAUAAAUGGCCAUCUGAACCCCUGUACCUGUGUUGACACCUCUGUGGCUCAGUCACUGCCUUGCUUUUGGUUCCUCACCAAGACUUUAGGGGUCUUGGUUAUCUCAGGACUAUAGAAAGUGGAAAGGAGCAGCUUGGGCUGUGUUCAGUGCUGGUGACUUUAGCCUGCUGCCUGCCAUCACCCUGUGGGUAUUUAUUUUGGGAGCUCUCCUUCCUCCUCCCCUCCAUGGAGGGUGGAGCAUCCCCAAAAGUCUCACAUUUUUGUGUUAUAAUGGAUGUAGCUCUUCUGUGAUGAUAAUAAAGUGUCAUUUU